GCGAGAUUAUCUCCUAGGAAUGGUGGACAAAUUCCUCCCAAAAUGCUCUCAGUGCUGUCGCCGCUUUCCAGCGAAUCGCUUCCCCUCUAUCGCAGAAACCAUAGAACUCUUCUAGUUUCCUGUUCGAGCGUGUCGGAAGUGGAGAAGCCUCCGGCGGACUUAGAUCCGAGGCCGGGGUUGCGCCGUGCGGCCAGGUUCCCUGAGAUUGGAGAGGCCAAGAGAGUGGUUUUGGUGAGGCACGGACAGAGCACAUGGAACGAGGAGGGGAGGAUCCAGGGGAGUUCCGAUCAUUCUGUGCUCACCACCAAGGGGGAGUUGCAGGCGGAGACUUCCCGUCAGAUGCUUCUCGGCGACUCCUUUGAAGUUUGCUUCACCAGUCCCUUGAUUCGAUCCAAGAGAACAGCUAAGAUUAUAUGGGAUUCUCGCAAGGACAAAGUGUUAGAGGAGCCAGACCUUAGGGAGAUUGAUCUAUAUUCUUUUCAGGGCCUCUUAAAGCAUGAAGGAAAAGAGAAGUUUGGUGGUGCAUAUCGUCAAUGGCAGCAAGAUGCUGCUAACUUUCAAAUUGAUGGACAUUAUCCUGUGAGGGAACUCUGGGACCGAGCUGAGAGCUGCUGGAACAAAAUUUUGGCUCAUGAAGGAAGGUCUGUGUUAGUAGUUGCACACAAUGCUGUCAAUCAAGCUCUUGUUGCCACUGCGAUUGGAUUAGGACCAAAAUACUUCAGAAUUCUCUUACAAAGCAACUGUGGUGUAAGUGUCUUGGAUUUUGCACCAAGAAUGGGAGGUGAAUCUCCCCAUAUAAGACUUAAUCGUUUAAACCAGACACCAAAUUCUCCUGUUACUUUUGGAAGUUCUGCUGGAAGGAAAACAAAUGCGCGGCUUAUUUUAGUGUGCCAUGGAGCUACACAGAGUAAUGAAGCUGCUUAUUCAGAUUUCGUGUAUGAGCCCUUAAACAUGCUUGGGAUUAUACAGUCUCAAAAAACUGCAGAAUUACUUCUGGACUUGAAGGUGAAUUGUUUAGUGUGUAGUCCAAGGAUUGCCUCUGCUGACACUGCAACAGCCAUACGUGAGGUUCAAGAGGCAGCAGAUUGCUUGGGCGCUGAUUGUGUUCCUCGUUUUGUGGAGGUGAAGAAAAUGCUGGAACUUGAAGUGGAAUCUAUUCUUCAACGUGCGCAUAAGAUUUCGAGGAAGGCUGCCUCUUUUCAACCAGGAUGCAUAGUUGACCUCAAUGAUACGAGCAUGUUAGAACUAUGGACUCAAUCAAAGAAAGCAUGGCAUUCUCUGCUACAGCAACUAUUCUUUGAAUCAGAAUCGGAAUCAGAAUCAGAAAGAAAUGUUGUGGCUAUUGCUCACCCUGCUGCUCAUAUUGCACUCAUAACACAGUCUCUGAAGUUAACAGCAGAAUGGAUGGACUCUUUCCAUCUUGAUGCCGGCAGCAUCAGCAUCAUUGAUUUUCCUGAUGGUCCUGAGGGAAAAGGUGUCAUCAGAUGUUUAAACUAUACUGCACACCUUGGUAGAUGGUCUGUACCAGUUACGAGAUCUCUUGGAAAUGAUGAGGAGUUCUAGGCUGCGAUAACUGUUGAAAUCACAG